GUCGGCGGCCGCGGAGGUCUGGGAGCGUGGGUUCGUUCGGGGGUCCGGGGCCUGCAGGGCCGCGUGAGCCGUUCCGGACGGGGCUCGAUCCUCUCGCGCUUCUCUUCUCGCCCGUCUCUGCACCAUGAGCCAGUUCAACUUCAGCUCGGCCCCGGCGGGAGGCGGCUUCUCCUUCAGCACGCCGAAAACGGCCGCCAGCACCACCGCGGCCACCGGCUUCUCCUUCACGCCCGCUCCCUCCUCGGGAUUCACGUUCGGCGGCGCUGCUCCGACGCCCGCCAGCAGCCAGCCCGUCACGCCCUUCUCCUUCAGCACGCCGGCCAGCAGCGCGCUGCCCACCGCCUUCAGCUUCGGGACGCCCGCAACAGCCACCACCGCCGCCCCGGCUGCCAGCGUGUUCCCGUUAGGGGGAAACGCACCAAAGCUCAACUUUGGAGGCACCAGCACAACUCAAGCUACUGGAAUCACAGGAGGUUUUGGGUUUGGUACCUCUGCACCCACCAGCGUGCCCUCAAGUCAAGCAGCAGCCCCUUCUGGCUUCAUGUUUGGAACUGCCGCCACCACCACCACCACCACCACCGCAGCUCAGCCUGGCACGACUGGAGGCUUCACUUUUUCCAGUGGCACCACAACUCAGGCAGGAACAACCGGCUUCAACAUCGGUGCCACAAGCACUGCAGCUCCGCAGGCAGCGCCCACAGGAUUGACCUUUGGAGCAGCACCAGCUGCUGCCGCCACCACCACUGCCAGCUUAGGAAGCACGACCCAGCCUGCAGCAACCCCCUUCAGCCUCGGGGGACAGUCCUCUGGUCUGAACUUUGGAUCGUUGAUUUCAACAGCAGCCACCGGUGCACCCACAGCAACGCUGACUGCGAGCACCAGCCAGGGACCCACUCUGUCCUUUGGAAGCAAACUGGGAGUGACAACCACAGCAUCUACGACGACAGCUGCCAGCACUGCUCCCCUUCUUGGUUCCACAGGCCCUGUGCUGUUUGCAUCUAUAGCAAGUUCUUCAGCACCACCUUCAUCCACCAGCACAGGCCUCUCACUCGGUGCCCCUUCUACUGGUACAACUGGACUUGGAACAUCUGGAUUUGGAUUAAAGCCUCCUGGAACAACAGCUGCAGCAACCAGCACUGCCACUAGCACUUCUGCUUCUAGCUUUGCGUUGAACCUUAAGCCAUUAACUACCACUGGUACUAUCGGAGCUGUGACUUCUACAGCUGCUAUAACCACAACAACGCCCAGUGCACCUCCUGUGAUGACAUAUGCCCAGCUGGAGAGCCUGAUAAACAAGUGGAGCCUGGAGCUGGAAGAUCAAGAGAAACACUUCCUCCAUCAGGCUACACAAGUGAAUGCCUGGGAUCGGACACUGAUAGAGAACGGAGAGAAGAUCACUUCACUACACAGAGAAGUAGAGAAAGUGAAGCUUGAUCAGAAGAGGCUGGAUCAGGAGCUGGAUUUCAUUUUGUCCCAGCAAAAGGAGCUCGAAGACUUGCUGACCCCUCUGGAGGAGUCUGUGAAGGAGCAGAGUGGGACCAUUUACCUGCAGCAUGCGGAUGAAGAACGAGAGAGGACCUAUAAGUUGGCUGAGAACAUCGAUGCUCAGCUGAAGCGUAUGGCACAAGAUCUCAAGGACAUCAUUGAGCACCUGAACACGUCGGGACGCCCAGCAGACACCAGCGACCCGCUUCAGCAGAUCUGUAAGAUUUUGAAUGCACACAUGGACUCAUUGCAAUGGAUUGACCAGAACUCAGCCUUGCUGCAGAGGAAGGUGGAGGAGGUGACGAAGGUUUGCGAGAGCCGCCGCAAGGAGCAGGAGCGCAGCUUUCGGAUCACCUUUGAUUGAAGGAGCCCCCGUUCCGAAGGUUAACCUCACGUCCCCGUAGAGAAGAGGUUGGUGGGGACCUGCCCGGCAUCUGCUUUUUUUGGUUUUCCUUUUUUAAUUGCAAUAAAUGUCUUUUGUUUUAAA